AUGAAUCCCAAAAGAGUCGCCCAAUUGCCCGUUCACAAUGAAUCUACGCUGUCACCACAGGAAAUAAUCGAUCUUUUUAAAAUAACAUUCUUAGAAGAGCUAUAUCCGAAAGAUCAAGACGAUGAAGAGUCGCCAUUAAUUGAGCAAAUACAGGUGGUCAAAUCUGACCUUUAUAACAGAGAUUAUAAUGCUGCUUUCAAUAGCGUAUCGAAAAGAAUAGCGUAUUGCUGUCGUUGGUCACCGUCCAGGGCAACAGGUUACGCUUCAGUAUUUGCACAUUUCCCUGAGCUUCUGAAGAUUAUCAGAUGCGAAAUUGCUGAUAAGGACUCAAACGUGCUAUGUAUUGGUGGUGGUGCUGGUGGCGAGCUAGUUGCAUUAGCAAGCAUAUUCACUUUAUCUAGAGAUUUCUCCUCUAAAUUUGCCUCUGCUUUGAAAAUAGACAAUGAAGUAAACAGAAAACCAAGAGCUUUAAACAUAGAACUAGUAGACAUCGCUGAUUGGUCCACAGUUGUUGAAAGGCUAACGGCAACAAUAAAAUCGAAAUGGCUAUACGAUGGUUCAGAAGCAGAAUCAUUCAACGUUAACUAUACCCAUAAAGACUGCCUACAAAUGACAGAACCACAGGAUAUCAAGACAUACCAAAGUCUCGACCUGAUAACUCUGCUUUUUACUACAAAUGAAUUAUUUACACAGAAAAAAGUGGAAAGUAUUAAAUUCCUACAACGGCUAAACGAGAACUGUGCCCCCGGUUGUCAUCUUCUCAUACUGGAAAGUGCAGGAAGCUAUUCCCACAUUACUAUCAACAACAAGAAGUUCCCAAUUCAAUUUCUUAUCGAUACUAUCUUAAUAGGAAACAGAAAGGAUAAAAGAACGACGGGUCCAUGGUCACUAGUAUCGGAGAACGACAGUAUUUGGUACAGAAUGGACCCCAAAAUUGACUACUCGAUUCCGUUGGAAAAUAUGCGCUUCUUUUACCGUCUUUAUGUCAAGAAUUAA